CGCAGUCUCGCAGCCUCGCAGCCUCGCAGCCUCGCAGCCGGCCGCAACACCGCCAGCAUGAUCACCCGCUUCCUGACCGAGGUGCGCGUCGCCUUCAAUCCCUUCAGCCCGCGCUCGAAGCCCGCGCGCCUGUUCCUGUCGCUCAUCCCCGCCGACGCCCGCGCCUCGGGCAUGCUCGUCCAGUCGAAGCUGCUGCCGCGCACCAGCAAGGACAAUGCCACCUUGGACGUCAAGUUCAAGGAUGGCAAGCAGAUGAACCUCGACCUGUCCAACAUGCGCAUCACAGACGUCAUGGAGCAGGUCGACCGCCACUCGCGCAUGCUUGCGCGUAAGGAAGAGCUGACAGGCAACUAAAGCCUUGGGGCAUUGCUCGUCACAUUGCUCGUCACGUCGCUCGUCACAUCGCUCGGCACAUCGCUCCACACACUGCUCCACACACCGCAGUCUUGCACACGCGUCUGCUACCGAGCACGCGAGCCGCCGACGCCAGCACCGCCAUGUAUAUUAGCCAUGUAUAUAAGAAGCAUCACACCGAGUCACGGCACGGGCUGGAGCCACUGCAUG